AUGAACGGCAAACUCAUCCUGUCUCUUCUCAUCGGUGUGGCCGUCUUCCUGGCCGUCCAAGCCGACCACCACGAUCAUGACCAUGAAAUGACCAUGGACGAGAUGAAGGCAAAGAUCAAGGGUUACGUCGACAAGAUACCAGCCGACCAGCUGGCUGAGCGCAUCCAGAAAGGAAUUGAUUACCUGGUUGGUGGUGGGGCUAGGCCAGUUCAAUUGCCAGCUACAGUUGAUCACCACGUCGCCAAGAUGAGCCAAGAUGAGAAACAAGAACUAGCUGACUACUUGAAAUCCUUUCUGCACUAG